AUGUUUUGCUUAAUCUUGUUUUGUCUGGUAGCUGUCCAAUUUCAGCAGACAUCUUCUCAGCUACAUCCAGCUCCAACGGAUUUGCUGGUCGAUGCUACGAUAGCCGUUGUGGAAAGUUGUUUCGUAGCUCGCGCAAAAUCUAUACACCUACCCAUGAUGUUGCACAACAAAUGGUCAACUUUUUUGGAUGAAUUUUUAACACGUUUGAACUACAGAGUUCCCGUGGCACUUGUUGAUCCAUCUGUUUUUUCCUCUACAGAUAACAAUGGAGUUUAUUACAGUGUCGUUUUCAUUGAUUCGAAGGACGCCUACUACGAUUUAUGUGAUGUGUUGCUGAAAAAGAACUUCAAUGUCAACAGUUACUUCGUGAUAGCCUUUCUGGAGGACGAUCAACCUUGGAUGCCGACAUCACUUCUGCAUUUGACAGCUGAAUUGCAGAUGUUCAACGUAGCAACCCUUUUCCGCAUGAAAAAUGCUGUCCAUUUUUGUAACUUCGUACCGUUUGGUACAAUCGAUCAAACUUCACCGUUCAUCAGAAGUCAGUAUUUUGAUCCGACAUCAUACAAGACAUGUAACUGCUCUUCAUACUUCAAUCCGAAAGUUACAAACUUCUUUGCAGCACCUUUGCAGAUGGCAACCAUCAACAUGGCACCUAUAAUGUCACCAGUUUAUGACAAACAUCAACGUGUUAUCGACUUCGUAGGAAUCGAUGGUGAUCUGUUGAAGUGUUUAUCUCAGCUGCUGAAUUUCACCAUAAUUCCUCACAUUUCGGCAGCACCCGUUUUAUGGGGUGUUUUGUCCCAAAAUGGAACAGGCACCGGUGCAGUGGGUCUGGUAUUGAACGGAACUGCCAACUUUACUCUAGGAUUUUUUGCCUUAAACUUGAACAAGCAUACAUUCUUUUCCUACGCUUAUCCCUAUUUCCAGACGUCCAUUAUAAUGGUAAUUUCACCAGGCCUUGAAUACGGUCCCUUCGAACGUCUACUGUUACCAUUUCAAUUUUCAGUGUGGAUAAGCUUUAGCGCAGUGUUUUUUGUUGGUAUCAUUACAAUAGGUGUGUUGAAAUUUUUCCCUAAAGCAGUUCAAGGUUUCGUAUUUGGUUCCUUAAAUCAAACGCCUGUGGUAAAUUUCGUAAAAUCGACCUUGGGUGACUCGUUAGAACUCUUGCCAACGAGAAACUUUGCCCGAUUUCUUCUACUGCUAUGGAUCAGCUGCUGCUUCGUACUCCGAACAGUCUACCAGCAAAUCAUGUUUGAUCACUUGAGUCGCCUGCAGAACCACAGCACUGCUCAAAAUUGGGACCAAUUCGUCGCUGGAGGUUACCGAAUCUUCGCAAUGGACAGGCAACAGUACUUUUACGAAAAUGUUCCCCCAAAUGUUGAACCUCGUAUUACGACAAUGACGAGCCAACAGUAUUCUUCAAUCUACAAGGGAAUACGCUUCGGAAACAUUCGUGGUGCAGCUAGUUUGUAUUUGGAGUCUGCGCUCUAUUUCAACCAGAAGUUUUUCACCAGAGGUAGCAAUGCAUUCUAUCAGAUAUUCCCGGAACGUUUGUACAGUGCCCCGAUUGCGAUUUUCUUUCCGAAAAACUCUCCGUUGGUUAAAGUAUUCGACCCGAAGCUACGGCAACUGGUAGCGCAUGGCUUUGUGCAGCACUGGAGGCAGAAAGUGUUCGAUCGUAACCUCGAAGUGUACCAACGCAGCCUGCAGACCCAACCGCAGGCGCGUCCAAUAUCUCUGAAUGCUUUGGCCGACGUUUUCGGAAUCUACAUUGUUGGGAUGAUUUUGGCUACUCUGGUAUUUUGCCUCGAAUACGUGUGGUGGAGAAUGGGUAUAAAACGUGAAAAGUUACCAGGGGCGCUGAGGCGUAGAGCUGCUGAUCAUCGAGUUGAAAUGUCACGCUAA